CCCAAUCUCCGACAAAAAAUAUCACAAUCCUCAUUUUGUGUGAUGCCCGGAUUUGGGAAGCCGCCAUUAUCACCGGAUUGGUCCUUUUCCCAUGGCUGCAUUUAAGGAAGCGAAAAAUCGAGGCUGUCAAGCUCUCUUCUCACGCGCUCGUUCUAAACUUCGACUUCCAGAAUGUCUCAUUUGGUCAAGCUAUAAGAAUAACGGAUUCCCCUCUUCGUGAGACGCAUGCUUUUGCCGUCGUCCCAAAU